UCCUCUUCCUGUUUCCUCCCAGCUGUUUCCUGUCCCUCCUCCUGGUUGCAGCAGUCGUCUGGAAGAUCAAACAGAGCUGCUGGGCGUCACGGCGACGUGAGCAACUCCUCCGUGAGAUGCAGCAGAUGGCUAGCCGGCCGUUCGCCACCAUCAACGUUGCCUUGGAAACGGACGAGGAGCCACCCGACCUGAUUGGUGGAAACAUCAAGACGGUGCCCAAGCCCAUCGCCCUGGAGCCCUGUUUUGGGAACAAGGCCGCUGUCCUCUCCAUCUUUGUCCGUUUACCCAGAGGCACCGGGGGCAUCCCCCCGCCCGGUCAGUCUGGUCUAACGGUGGCCUCGGCCCUGGUGGAUGUGUCUCAGCAGAUGUGUCUUGGUUACAAGGAGAAGUCAUGUGGUCUGAGGAACAGGAAGCAUCACCCCUCUGCACAGCCCUCCACCUGUAUCUGACCACACCCCCUCCCUGCCCCUGGACCCCACCCUGCCCCUGGACCCACCACUUCCCCUGCCCCAGAGACUAUAACCCCGAACAGGAAGCAACACCCCUCUGCACAGCCCUCCACCUGUA